UAUUAUUAUCGUCGCUCUGCUAAAUUUACACGUCAUCUUUUAACAUGACACGUAUUUCGGAUGGUUGAUUUUAGAUAUAAAUACCGGGAGCUCCGUACUUGUUUAGCUAUCUUCUACCCAGGCAAUCUGAUAAAUCUUCAUACUAAUGGCUACUAACAAACUACUUGAUCGUUUGAAGGACGGCGGAAGUAUUGUUAUUGCGGAAGGAUAUGUUUGGGAGCUGGAAAGACGAGGUUUUGUUAAGAUUGGAAGUCAGAUACCGGAAGUGGUAUUAGAGAAACCAGACGAAGUAGAACUUCUCCAUGAAGAGUUUUGUCUGGCCGGAAGUGACGUUGUCGAAGCCUUUACAUAUUAUGCCCACCGUGCAUAUAUGCGAAGGUUUGGUCGCGAAGGAGAUCUCGAAAGGUUGAACAGAAAUGCAAUGAAAAUUGCGAGAAAAGUUGCAAGCAGGCAUAAUAAACUUGUCGCAGGAGGACUUUCAAAUACACCCUUAUACAAGAAAAAUGACACGGAAAGUCACAAGGAAAUAUAUGAAAUGUUCAAGGAACAGGUGACAUGGUUUGUUGAAGAAGGGGCUGACUAUAUAAUAGGAGAGACGUUUGAUUCUCUAGGUGAAGCCGAAAUAGCACUCAAAGUAAUCAAAGAACAUGGAAAAGGUUGUCCGGCAGUGAUUACAAUGGCGGCAUAUUUCCCUGACCAAACAACAGACAACGUUCCGUUCCCAGAAGCGUUAAAGCGCCUAGAAGAUCAGGGCGCCGCUGUGGUUGGUCUAAAUUGUUCACGUGGACCCGAAACUAUGCUUCCGCUUCUAAAAGAAGUUAGAAAAGUUUGUAAGGGACCACUUGCUGCACUUCCGGUCCCGUAUAGAACAACAGAGAAAGAGAAAACAUUCUACGCUUUAACAGAUCCUGUAACAGGAGCAGACGUUUACACUCGAAAUCUCGAUGUAGUUAGGAGUUCACGAGAUGAGAUCCGGAAGUUCGCCGAGGAUGUGAAGGCCAUUGGUGUACAAUACAUUGGUCUGUGCUGCGGGGCUUACCCAAGCUUAAUCAGGGAGGUUGCAGAGGUUUAUGGGAAGAAUCCACCGGCAUCCAAAUAUGCGAUGGAUCUUACGAAAGGUCCAUACACGCUAGGUGCCAACCCGACAGCUGAAAUGUUGAAACUGAGAAAGUAUAAAACGGGGAAAUAAUUGUCAAUGUAAAAGUAAAAUCCCAUGACAAUAGGAUUAAAAUAAUGACAUUUCUUUCAUAAAGAGUUAAUGUAUGCAUUUUAUUGCCAUAUAUUAUGUGCAUGACAUAUAUGUUGUUUUUCUAGAAAAUAAAAGUAGCAAUUAAAUUACAUCCUGGAUAAA